CGCAAGCUGAGCACUGUGGGAAACUCCGGGGUGCGCCGCGUCCGCUUAGCUGUCGAGCUGCAACCGAGGCUCAGCGCCAGCCGGCCUGAAAGACAGCGGGCGCUGGGCCGCAGUCCUAGUCCUCAGUGUGGGCCCUUGCUGCACCCCAUCUGGAACCUGAGUCGGCGAGGUCACUGCGGCAUACAAGCACCCAUUCUCUGCCCUGCCCUAAGCCCCUAAGGCACCGUGUGUGCUGUCCUAGGCAGUGCCACAAGCCAGCCCAGCUGUGGGCUCAGCAAGGACACCCUGCCAUUGGGCUGGACGCAGGCCCAUAUGACGCCCAGGGACAAGCUGUCCUGAGACACAGUGGAGCCACCUGCUUCUCUUGCAUACCUGCCCAGCCACCAGCACCACCACCAUGGAGUCUAGGGCAAAGUCGGCCAGCAGCCCCAAGCCAGACACCAAGGUGCCUCAGGCCACUGCUGAGGCCAAGACCACCCUGGCUGUGGAUGGAAAACCCCCCUCGACCAAAGCUGGGAAAAAGGAGGCCCAAGCAGAGAAACAGGAGCAGCCGGCAGCCCCUGCCCCUACCAAGAAGACCACAGCCAAGGCUGACCCUGCUCUUCUCAACAACCACAGCAACCUGAAGCCGGCCCCCUCGGCUCCUGCUGUCCCCAGCAGUCCUGAUGCCACCCCAGAGCCCAAGGGUCCUGGGGAUGGGGCAGAGGACGAGUCCACCACCAGGGGCUCAGGAGGCCAAGGUCCUUGGCCCUGUGAAAACUUGGCACCCCUACUGGUGGCUGGGGGUGUGGCUGUGGCAGCAGUGGCCCUGAUUCUUGGUGUGACCUUCCUGGCCCGGAAAAAAUGAUUCCUAGAUGACUGGGAUGGGAGGGACAGAGCCACUUCCUAUACAGACCUGGGAGCUAGUGCAUGCAAGUUUACAGUACCUAUCUAUACCUACAUACAUCCAUCAUCUACACAUAUAUACAUACACCCCCCCCCAUGUACUCAGUGGGAGAGAUUGGCAGUGAGCAGCUCUGUGCGCUGCAGUAUAGCCUAGGCGCUGGGCUUACAGGGCAGGGCAGAGGGCCCAGCUGGGCAGGCAGACAGCAGGGACAGCAAAGAAGGCCAGGACAGAACAGAUCCUGUGCCUGCCGCCCGGUCUUGAAGGAUCACUGUCGGGCAGGCAGUGGGUCUAUAUCCCAAUCUCCUCUGGGCUGGCUUUGGGGAGACACCCUGAGGUGAGCUGUCCAUCUGCAGUGCCAUGAUGGGCGGCACAGACAGCCUGGGGACUGGUCUUAGCAGGGGCUUCUCUAGCGUGAGGGUGCCAGGGGUCCAAGGAGGGUCUUCCCUCAUAGCUGUGCCUGCCAACACCUCCAGCAAAGCAUCCCCCCGCCUGCACCCAGCAUCGCAAUCUAACAAGCGUAUAAAUGCAAUAACACAGGUAGAGUAGAACUGCUUGGUGGGUGUCAAUUGCCCACCACCCACUGCCUGCAGGGAGACUGCUGCACAGUCCUCCCCAUGCCUGGCCCCAGCCUGCCUCUGGCAUGGUGGCAGCAGGUGGGCUUCCCCAAGUGGUGAUGGCCGCUAUGGGAGUACUAUCCUCGCCUGGCUGGUGCCACAGGAACCCCGGGCCUGGGUGGAGGCUAAGACUGAAAUAAACUC